CUUCUCUCCGUCCAGGCCUCCGUCGCGGCCCGGGGGCCGGGGGCGCACGGCCGCCACCAUGAGUUCCUUCGGCUAUGAGCCGUACUACUCGAGCUCGUACAAGCGGCGCUACGCGGAGCCGCCCCGGGUCCACAUCGCCAGCGUGCGCAGCGGCUACAGCGCGGCGCGCUCCGCGUACUCCAGCUACUCGGCGCCCGUCUCCUCCUCGCUGUCGGUGCGCCGCAGCUACUCCUCCAGCUCCGGGUCGCUGAUGCCCAGCCUGGAGAACCUCGACCUGAGUCAGGUGGCGGCCAUCAGCAACGACCUCAAGUCCAUCCGCACGCAGGAGAAGGCGCAGCUGCAGGACCUCAACGACCGCUUCGCCAGCUUCAUCGAGCGCGUGCACGAGCUGGAGCAGCAGAACAAGGUGCUGGAGGCCGAGCUGCUGGUGCUGCGCCAGAAGCACUCGGAGCCGUCCCGCUUCCGCGCGCUGUACGAGCAGGAGAUCCGCGACCUGCGCCUGGCGGCCGAGGACGCCACGACCGAGAAGCAGGCGCUGCAGGGCGAGCGCGAGGGGCUGGAGGAGACGCUGCGCACGCUGCAGGCGCGCUACGAGGAGGAGGUGCUGAGCCGCGAGGACGCCGAGGGCCGCCUCAUGGAGGCGCGCAAGGGCGCCGACGAGGCCGCGCUCGCGCGCGCCGAGCUGGAGAAGCGCAUCGACAGCCUCAUGGACGAGAUCGCCUUCCUCAAGAAGGUGCACGAGGAGGAGAUCGCCGAGCUGCAGGCCCAGAUCCAGUACGCGCAGAUCUCCGUGGAGAUGGACGUGUCCUCCAAGCCCGACCUCUCCGCCGCGCUCAAGGACAUCCGCGCGCAGUACGAGAAGCUGGCCGCCAAGAACAUGCAGAACGCCGAGGAGUGGUUCAAGAGCCGCUUCACCGUGCUCACCGAGAGCGCCGCCAAGAACACCGACGCCGUGCGCGCCGCCAAGGACGAGGUGUCCGAGAGCCGCCGCCUGCUCAAGGCCAAGACCCUGGAGAUCGAGGCCUGCCGGGGCAUGAACGAGGCGCUCGAGAAGCAGCUGCAGGAGCUGGAGGAUAAGCAGAACGCCGACAUCAGUGCCAUGCAGGACACGAUCAACAAAUUGGAAAACGAGCUCCGAACCACAAAGAGUGAAAUGGCAAGAUACCUGAAAGAAUAUCAGGACCUCCUGAACGUGAAGAUGGCCCUGGACAUUGAGAUUGCAGCUUACAGGAAACUUCUGGAAGGUGAGGAGACACGGCUCAGCUUCACCAGUGUGGGCAGCAUCACCGGCGGCUACUCCCAGAGCUCCCAGGUCUUCGGCCGCUCUGCCUACGGUGGUCUGCAGACCAGCUCCUACCUGAUGUCCGCCCGCUCCUUCCCUUCCUACUACACCAGCCACGUCCAGGAAGAGCAGAUCGAAGUGGAGGAGACCAUCGAGGCCACCAAAGCUGAGGAAGCCAAGGACGAGCCCCCCUCGGAAGGGGAAGCAGAAGAGGAGGAGAAGGAGAAGGAAGACGCCGAGGAAGAGGAGGGAGGGGAAGAGGAAGAAGCCAAGGAAGGAUCUGAAGAUGCAAAGGAGGAAGAAGAAGGAGGAGGUGAUGGCGAAGAAGAAGACACCAAAGAAUCGGAAGAGGAUGAGAAGAAGGAGGAAGGUGCUGGAGAGGAACAAGCAACAAAGAAGAAAGAUUGA